AACAACGAAUGCGAUGCAUAGCUAAUAUACAUACAUAUAUUAUGUAUGUGCAUACAAACAUCGAAACGUCGCCAGACGACGCCAAUGGACUCCAUUGUCGUUUAAUCACGUGGCCUAUGGUGAUGGAAAGUAAUAACAGGGAGAGGGAGGAAUACAAAAGAACGACGCUAGUCGGAAACGAUUGUGAUUGUCGCACAUUGUCGUUACGUCCGUGGUAGACUCAACUAGCAGGGAAUAAAGUUUUGCAAGGAAUAAAGAGAGCUCGUAAGUGUAAAUACGUCAUCCAGAAUACAUCUGAAAUUGAUACGAAAGGAAAAAUUUUGAUAAAGAACUCUGACGAUGAGACUUUUCAAAUACAAGUGUGUAUAAACAUCUAUGUGAUUAAUUCAUAAACAACACGAGCCGCUAUUAUUGACGCGUUAACAAGGUCGAGAUUUUGAGAUCCGUUAUUGUAUUAUUUUCACGUGAUCGUACAUCUCUCACGUGUUUCAUUGAAACAGAAUUAUAUUAUCUAUACUGGAUCCAAGUUGGCACAGAGCAAUUAUCGCUGUGUCAUCGCAGCAAUUUUACCGCAGGUGACUUAAUUGAGGAAUAAAUAUGAAGAGUGUGGUGGUUUUGUUGUUACUGGCAGUUUUUACCACGGGACAAGCUAUUUCCUUCAACAAGAUUUUAGAUGUAGAAUGGUUCAGUUUUAUGACAAAUCAUAAAAAAUUCUACAAAUCUUCGAUUGAAGAGGGAUAUAGAAUGAAAAUCUUCUUGGAUAACAAGCGCAAAAUUGUUGAACACAAUCGCAAAUAUGAGCUGAAUAAAGUUCCCUACAAAUUGGGAAUGAACAAAUACUGUGAUAUGUUUCAUCAUGAAUUUGUCAAUACUUUGAAUGGUUUCAAUAGGUCAGUAAAGGCUCACAAGCAAUUUAUGGGAGCAACAUUUAUCUCGCCAGCUAAUGUCGAAUUACCAAAAGAAGUCGAUUGGAGGAAACAUGGUGCUGUUACAGAAGUUAAAGAUCAAGGACAUUGUGGCUCUUGCUGGGCAUUCUCUACUACUGGCUCUUUGGAAGGACAGCAUUUCAGACAGACUGGCAUUUUAGUAUCACUUAGUGAGCAAAAUUUGGUUGAUUGUUCUGGCAACUAUGGCAACCAAGGAUGCAAUGGUGGUUUGAUGGAUAAUGCUUUUAAAUACGUCAGAGAUAACAAAGGCCUUGAUACCGAAAAGAGUUAUCCAUAUGAAGCAGAGAAUGACAAGUGCAGAUACAAUCCGAGAAAUAGCGGCGCUACUGAUGUCGGUUUCGUAGAUAUUCCAAGAGGAAAUGAGCAGAAAUUAAAGGCUGCAGUCGCUACUAUAGGUCCGGUCUCCGUUGCUAUUGAUGCCUCUCAUGAAUCUUUCCAGCUUUAUAGUGAAGGAGUAUAUUUUGAUCCUGAGUGCGAUUCAGAAAAUUUAGAUCAUGGUGUGUUGAUCGUCGGCUAUGGUACAGACUCAAAAACUGGCCAUGAUUAUUGGCUGGUAAAAAAUAGUUGGGGUGAAACAUGGGGUGAAAAGGGUUACAUCAAAAUAGCCAGAAACAAGAACAAUCAUUGUGGUAUAGCAAGCAGUGCCAGCUAUCCUCUCGUUUAACUGCCGUUGAUAAUUAAUUUUUUAGUUGUGAUCUACUAAUUCAGACAUGACAGCUAUGAGAGGCCUAAUAAAGUUUUACGAAUUUUAGAAUAAAUUUUUAUAUCAUUUCUGAUAUAUGAUUUCUUUAAAAUCAUAUUUGAUAAAAUUGACGUCUUUCUACAGACAGUUUUUCUGUUUUACCGCGCUAUGAUAGGAAUCAGAAGACACGGUAGUAUCUCCGUGCUAAGCGCAAUGACACUAACGUGAUUGUAAUUACAAAUUUUACAGUUUUUCCAACUUUCUUAGGUCUCUAUACAAAUUAGUUCUUUCGAAUAAAGAGCAAAGAAUAAAGACAAAUUCGGAAAAAUUACGAAAAUUGCAAGCUUCGAAAAUGGUGGUUCAUUGUUCAUCGUUUUAACAUAUCUAUUACAUUUAGUGACAAUUAUGGAUAUUAUCUUAGGAUGUAUUUUAUCUUAGGAUAUAUUUUGUAUUUUUUGUUCACACAUUUAGAAUGAUACUAUUGC